AUGAAAACAGAUCUCUGCCGACGCCCGUGCCUGUAUUAUUCAAACUCAACAGCUACGUUCCACUGCCAGUCAAUUGCAUUCCAUUGUGAGUUACAUGGCGAUUUGGUAUUCAAACUCAACCCUGGCCCUAACAAUGAAGGAACUUUAGGAUCUUUGCGUUCUAACCUAAUUAGUGUACAACUCGCCGACCCUAUUUCUAAAAAUAUUAAACAUCCACUGAAGUUUUGCUUAAUGAACACGCAGUCUCUUCGGAACAAGAUCGCCGAUUUUACAGACUACGUUGUCUACAAUAAGUUCGAUUUUGUUGCUGUCACAGAGACUUGGUUAAAGCCAAUUGAUGACUCAAUUAGAAGUCAACUUUGUCCACCUGGUUUCAAACUAUAUGACAGACCGCGGGAGGGUAAAAGAGGUGGUGGUACUGCUUUGUUACACAGGGACUCACUGAACAUUUCCAAGGGAAACUACGGACAGAAAGAGUCAUUCGAAUUUUCCGAAUGGAUUGUAAAAUCAACUGGCUCCUGUAAUGUUCGAGUGAUUAUCUUAUAUAGACCUCAGUACUCAGAAGACCACAAAGUUCCUGUAAAUGUAUUCCUCGACGAAUUUGCUCACUACAUGGAAUCAUUAAUACUCUCAAGGGAAGAUCUACUCAUUGUAGGAGAUUUUAAUCUCCAUGUUGAAAUGGCUAAUGAUGUUGAUGCAAAGAAAUUUCUAGAUCUGAUCGAAUCUCUGGGUCUCCAACAACAUGUUGAUAAGCCUACUCAUANGAAGCUUUUCAGGACUGUAUUUCAAGUAUUAGGGCCUGGAUGUUAG